GUCUCUUGGUCGAGAAAGAGAUUUAUAAAACACAAGACAGUUCCCGUGCGCGUUCUAACUCGAAACAAAAAAAAAGUUUGACGCAGUGACUAAGUGUGAAUGAUCGUCUCAUGUUGAAAAGGUGAUUGAAUAUCAAUUUGAAACGAACUUUUAAAAUAGUGAUUGUAAAACUAGUAAGUACUAGUCAAUAAAAGAAAAAAAAAAUGUCAACUAAAGCAAGUAAGAAAACAUCGGUGACUUCCUCGAGCGCUACCUCUCAGCAAACGCCCAUGCCAAGUACAUCGACGCCAAUUGGUACACGACGUCCUGGAAGUCCAUUAAGUCCAACACGUUAUUCAAGACUUCAAGAGAAACAUGAUUUACAAAAUCUCAAUGAUCGUCUUGCCUGUUACAUUGAUAAAGUUCGUCAUCUUGAGACUGAAAAUUCCCGGCUCACAAGAGAAGUUCAAACAUCACAGGAAACUGUCACGCGGGAAGUCUCUAAUAUUAAAUCUAUGUACGAGCAUGAAUUAUCAGAUGCUAGAAAAUUAUUAGACGACACUGCUAGAGAAAGAGCAAAACUUGAAAUUGACACCAAACGUCUUUGGGAUGAUAAUGAGGAUCUCAAGGCUAAAUUAGAUAAGAAGACAAAAGAUUUACAAAUUGCUGAAAGAAAUGCUACAAUUUAUGAAUCCCGUUGUGGUGAUUUACAAGCACAAUUCAAUCAAUCGCAAGCUGAUCGUAAGAAACUUACCGAAAGGGUAAGAGAAUUGGAAAAGGAAAAUGAGAGACUACAAACAUUAUUAGAUGAUUGUCGAAAAAGUCUUGAGGAAGAAACUUUACAGCGAAUUGAUCUAGAAAAUCAUAUUCAAAGUCUUAAGGAGGAAAAUAGUUUUAAGGAUCAAGUUUUCCAACAAGAAUUAACAGAGACACGUACACGUCGCCAGGUUGAAAUAUCAGAAAUUGAUGGACGUCUUGCUGAGCAAUAUGAAGCAAAAAUGCAACAAUCUCUACAAGAAUUGCGUGAUCAAUAUGAAGCUCAAAUGCGUACUAAUCGCGAAGAAAUUGAGUUGUUGUACGAGAGUAAGAUUAAAAAUUUGACAUCUCAUGCACAAAGAAACAGCGGUGCAGCUACACUUGCAGUUGAGGAACUUCGUCAAACUCGUACUCGAAUUGAUGGAUUGAAUCAAAAAAUUAGUGAACUAGAAACUCUUAAUAAUGCUCUUAAUGCAAAAAUCAGAGAGUCAGAAACUCUGCGCGAGAAUGAGAGAGCUCGUCACGCCGAAGAUUUGGCUAAUCUCGAGGGAGAUUUGUCUCGAAUGCGUGAUGAAAUGGCCACACAUUUGCAAGAAUAUCAAGAUCUUAUGGAUAUUAAGAUUGCACUUGAUUUGGAAAUUGCAGCAUACAGAAAGCUUCUUGAGUCUGAAGAGGCAAGAUUAAACAUUACACCGAUGCCAACUCCUAGUUCAACAUUAACCGGUGGCAGAACAACUCCAUCGCGUCAUACUCCAAUUCGAGGUGGAAAACGAAAGCGUACACUUUUGGAAGAAAGUGAAGAACGUAGCAGCAGUGAUUACAGUGUUUCAGGAACAGCGAGAGGAGACAUGGAAAUCACAGAAGCCGAUCCACAGGGUCGUUAUGUCAAAUUAACGAACAAAGGAGCCAAGGAAUUAGUUUUGAGUGGAUGGCAAAUCAUUCGUAAAGCUGGAAAUUUGGAAACAAUUUUCAAAUUCCACAGGACUGCAAAAGUCGAUAGUGGUGCAAAUGUAAUGGUCUGGUCGUCAGAUGUUGGUGCCACUCAUGAACCUCCAUCCAAUAUUGUUAUGAAAAGUCAAAAAUGGUUCACCGCAGAUAAUAUGACAACUGUUCUCUUAAACAACGAAGGAGAAGAAAUGGCAACGUCUGAACGUAAAAGGCAACACUUGUCCACCACUUUGUCUCGACAUAGGGAGAGUCUUGGUUUCAGAGGAUCUGAGGAUUUUCAUCAUCAGCAGAGAACAUCUUAUCUCUACCCAUAAUAAGUGAGAAGGCACACGGCUCAAAUGGUCAGCCUAUGGCGAUCCACAAGGUGAUGAUCGUUGUUCUUUAAUGUGAGCAUAAUCUUUAUAUAGAAAUUUAAGAGAUAUAUCAAAAAUUUAAUAUUAUUUUUAAAGAAAAACAAAAAAAAGUUUCUAAGCUUGUAACAAUAUUUUACGCUGUACGAGUUUAAGAAUCACCAAGGUUUGAAAACAAAUUUAUCUUUUGAAGUUAUCCUUUGAAAAAAAGAGUUUUGAAUUGUGUGUAAAAUAAUACAGACUGUAAUUCCUGGAGUGCAAAUAACAAGAGAAUACUUGAAGUGUACAAAAAAAAAAAUGUGAGAAAUAAGAAGAGAUUUGAUAAGAGGUUUUUUUUUAAAGAUACAAUUUUCGGAUUUUAUUCCGAAGUACUUAGAUUUUGAGUUGCAAAAUUAUUUUACAACGCAAAUUUUUUUUUUUCUUAAUUUUAUCAUUUUUCUGCCUUGGUUUAUAUUGACUCAUUGCGAUAAAAUAAGUGUUUAUCAGUUACACCGAACAUUAAACAGGAUUCAAGACUCGUAUUAUUAAGUUAAAAAACAAAAUGAUUAUCAUUGUUCCUGUUAGAAUUUUGUUUACUUAUUUUCAACUUAAACGACUAUUAUAUUAUAAAUUACUCCUCGAAUUAUGAAAAGGAAUAAUUAAUGCUAUUGAUAUAUAUAUUUGAAAGAAAAAGAAACUAAAUUGGGGAUUUAGAAAAUAUAAAUGCAUUUAUCCAAUCUCUGGCGUGUUGCGAUAAAGAAAAAAAUAUUUUUUAUUCUAGCACUGCUUUAAAGUGGUUCCAAUAAUAUAAAAAAAAAAAGAAAAAAAAUUUAUAGUAUAACAAUUGUAUCUUUUUUAAGGUAUUUUCAAUUAUAGAGCAGCUUGGACAUAAUUAUUUUCGAUACUUUAAUCAAUUAUAAUAAUUAUGAUAAUAAUAAUAAUAUAAAGUUCAUUUGGGCAACACUAACAAAAAUCUCGUAUGCUUUUUUUUAUUUUUUUCCCUUUCGUUGCGAGUGUGGUCAUCGUCAAUAUUUUAAAUCUAUAUAUUAUAUAUUUUAAUGCUUCAUAUUUUUUGACGAAAAUAUAAAAGUGUGAUGCAAAAAUUUUUGUAUACAAUAAAUUGUGUGUAAUAAAAAAAGUAAAUGUCACAACACAAAAAAUAGUGUCUUUAUAUUAUUAAUACAAAAAUACCCAAGGAUAUACUGCCGUCCCAACAAGAGUAGCAGUAACUACAUUUUGGUUAAGUCACUUAUUGGUGGCAGUGGCAGUGGCAAGUAGGUGACUCAUCCUAAAUGCAGAUACGGUUAUUCUUGUUGGGGCGGCAGUAUAAGAUACAGUGAAACACAGGUAUAUCGGAUUUCAAGGGACUGGAAAAAAUUCUGAUGUAAGCGGGAAUCCGAAUUAUGAGAGUCCUAUAUAUACGUGUGUUUCACUGUAUUGAAUUAAGCGUUAAACCUUACCGACUGCUGGUAAAACAGUUUUUUUUGAAAAAUGAAAAUAAAAAAAUUACCUACAUAGAAAUCUACCUUACCGACUGAUGGUAAAACAGUUUUUUUGAAAAAUGAAAAUAUAAAAAAUUACCUACAUAGGAAUCUACCUUACCGACUGAUGGUAAAGAACAUUUUCCGGAUUUUUAUCAAUUUUCAAAACUGUUUUACCAUCAGUCGGUUAAGUAGAUUUCUAUGUCGAUAAUUUUUUAUAUUUUCAUUUUUCAAAAAACUGUUUUACCAUCAGUCGGUAAGGUAGAUUCCUAUGUAAGUAAUUUUUAUAUUUUCAUUUUUCAAAAAACUGUUUUACCAUCAGUCGGUAAGGUAGAUUUCUAUGUAGGUAAUUUUUUAUAUUUUCAUUUUUCAAAAAAAAACUGUUUUACCAGCAGUCGGUAAGGUAGAUUUCUAUGUAGGUAAUUUUUUAUAUUUUCAUUUUUCACAAUUUUUUACUGUCUUGUUAAUUUUUUAACCAUCUAUGUGUAAUUUUUUUGUCGAUGAUCUCUAAUUAAAAUGUGGUAAAAGGUAAUUAAAUAAAUAAAUCAGAAUAUAAAAACCAAGUAAAAUGUAUUCUAUGGGCAACAUCAUAAUAAUUAUAUCAUUAUGCUGAUACACUGAAAUAUAACCACAAUGUGUAUGUGUUUUACAAGGUCAUAUAUGUAUAUCUGAGUGAUUUACAUAUAUAGCGAUAUCAAAUAACCAUCGUCUUUAUAAUCACUAACUCCGAAAAAUUAUUUUACUGACCGAUAAUAGGCAAUAUGAUAAUAUAGUCAUGUAGAUCAGUAAUAAUAUAACAAUAACUGGGUAUAUCGAGCACCAAAAAUGAGAUACGUAUUUAAAUAAAGAGUUGCGAUUUUUUCUUAGGAUGUUCAUUACAAUUAUACACAAUUAUAAUAUAUUUGCCAAUUUACACUUUUCUUUAUCAUAAUUUUUUUUUUUUUUUUCAUCAAUUGCACCUAAUUUUUUUUUAUCAUAUAUAAUAUGAAAUGACUGUUCUUGUGAUUGGUAAACAUGAAAAAAAAAUAACAUAAACCGAGUCUUUGUCUUCAACACCGCAACUAUUUUCCUCAAAUAACAUUCUAAGGUACUACUUAAAACAUAAACUGGUAUUUUUUUUUUUAAUCAUUAGUCAGUUACAAUGGCACUAUAAGUAUUACUUUCUUUUUUUUUUCUUGGAUUUAAGAUCUAAUUUAACGCACGACUACUCUUUAACAUGUUACUCCUACAACAUUAUGUAUUACUUGUUAUAUAUACAUACUCACAUUUUUUUUUUUUAAACAUGCCGAAUACUAUACGUGUAUUUACACAAGCAUGUCAAAAUUUGUUCUCUAUUUCUGUAAUUUUUUUUCAAAUAUAAUUUUUUUUCACAUGUAUCUUUUUUUCAGUGGUCAUUAUGUGUUAUAUAUUCUUGUUUAAUGUGUGUGUAUAUAUAUACGUACACAUACAUAAUUCUAUUAAAAAUUUAUACACUUUGCAAUAUAAUAGUAAUUAAAAAUCCAUCUUAACACUAAAAUACACAAUUUCGCGCAAAAAACAUGUUUAAACAACCUUCUAAUAAACUUUAUCGUACAAAGAAAAAAAAAGGUCAAAUAUUUUCGUAACACGCUAAAAAUUCUCUCGGUUAAUAAACUCUUCGUUCUUCAAAGGUGCAUUUCAAAACUAAUUUAUUUUCAUCAGCCCACUUAUUAUAUUAUUUGACGUUUGGACGUUACGUGAAAAUGAUUUUGAAAUUAUUGACGAAGCGUCCCAUUAUUUUUUUUCUUUUUUUUUAGUUUUAAAAUGCACAGUUGUGUUAUAACAGUAACGCUAAAAAUGGCGAUAUUCUUAAUUUAUAUUUUUUCUGAAACGUGAUGCUACCUGGCUUUACAGAUAUGUUCGGUACUUAAACCUGCAUAACUUAAUAAUCGCUUAUUUAUUUAUUUAUUUUUUUUUUGUGGUGACAACAGUUGUGGCUAGUACAUACAUUUUACAUCGCUACAUGGUCUGUACUUGUGCCGUGCAUUGCAAUUCACUUAUCAACAAUCAUUGCGCGUUUUAGCUCGCUAAGAGCUAACUUAUUUCCGUAUUUUAUAAUAUACCCUAUGAUUUUUUUUUUUAGUUUCGCUACCCGAAACAAUAGUACAACUGACCAUUCGCUUACAGUUAUUAUGGCUUCACCUGUUUUUUCACAAACAUCUCAAAUUUUCGAAUUUGCACCCUCAAAAUUAUUAAUUGAUAUUAAAUAAAAUUAAAAGAAAUUUCUUUGAUCAAAUAAAAAAUUACUGAAUGAAAAAUCUUAAGAGAUAAUCAAAUUUUCUUUUAAAUUUAGAGAUUUUAUGUAAUUUGACUUAUGGAAAAUAUUUUUUUGUAAUAUUGAUUUUGAGGAUUUUUCUUCUAUUUUCUUUUCUCAUUUGUACAAUUUUUGAGGGAGCAAAUUAAAAACGAGAUAUUUUCUCACUUUUAACAGGAAAUUAUUUCUUUUUUUCUCACUUUUUUUUUUUUGAGAAGCAAGCGCAAUUUAAAUUCGUCAAGAUCAGCUGUAUGACCAACAUCAGGAUAAACAAGAAAAAAAAAAUUGCACUUUAUGAAGAUUCACAGACAACAAAUUGAUUCGAGAUCUAGUAGAGGAAGAUUUAGUUUAAUAUUGCAUUCGAAUUGCUUUUUAUUUAUCUGAACAAAAACUUAGUACCAAGUCAUUAAAAAAAAAGAAAAUUGAACCAUUCUUUUCAAAAGCUCGAAUUCUUUUUUUUGUAAUUUUAAAAUCCGCUAUUUUGGGUUUCUUUUUUUUUCUUAAAAAAACAGUACAUACUAAGUUUUCAUCAGAAAAAAUUGAAUUCAGCUGUUUUUUUAAAAUUUAAUAUCUAAAAAAAAGCUGUUUUUUAAAAACUAAUUUAACAACGCCAAUUAUAGAUAUUUUCAUGAUUGCAGUGAGUCUACCUUCUCACAUUUUUGUCUAAAAACUCUCUUUGUGGCAGUUUCACAAAUUUCAAGGAAAGAAAAAAAUUUAAUUUCUCUAUAUA